GUCGGACACUUGGCAUGUGUCACUAUAUGAGAAAUGAGUGGUCAUGUAAAGAAUAUGUGUCCUCAGCUGUCCAUAUCAGCAGCAAGAACAUUGCUCUCCCUGUUACUGGUUGCUGCCAUUGAUUCAGUUAGUGCUGGAGUAGCAUGUAGGAACCAACAGUGUAGGAGUUCCCUACAAAAAAGUUCCAUGCUAACUACACUCAUACAUGAAGAAUCUGUGGACCUCUUAAAAACAUAUAAGGCCAGUCAAGGAGACAUGUCAGAGCUGUUCUGCCAGAUGUCAAUCAACAUCGUUCCUGACCCAAACAUUUCUGGCAUGGACCCCUCAGAGCGGAUGCUGAGUAUCUACUCCCACUGUAAGGCUUUCCUACCACACCUGAAGAGAGUCACUGAGCAACAGACAGACUUACAGCCACCCUCCAGCCCCCUGCUGAACAAACUCACCACUGCCCUGAACCGCACCAGUGGUCUGGCCAGCCAAAUAAACUGCAUUUACCAAACCCUCUUUCCAAACCUGCCCAUCCCACCUGAACCUGUAGACGGACCGACGUCAAUACUGCCCUCCCAAAACGUGUUCCAACAGAAGGUCUAUGGUUGUGUGGUUCUGAAGAGUUUCAAGGAGCUCCUGUCACGGAUCACACAUGAACUAAGGACCUUAAAGAAACACAUGUGCACAAGUAGGACAUUUGCAGGCACAAAUACAAUGUUUUGAGGCCAACUUUCUAUUUAUUUUAUUUAUUAUUUAUUUGUACACGUGUUCAGAAGUUACGGAAGCUUAUUGCUGCCACUGAAAGAAAACUCUCUGCACAAAUGUUUUCCGACUUUGAAUAAACUUACAUACAUAUAUUUUGUUUGUGUUGAGAAUUAAUGAACUUAUGUGUUAAAAUUGCCCUGGAGUAUUCUUGUAGAGUAGGGUCAUAAAUACUGAGAUUUUAAAAUGAAUGUCUUUUGUCAAAUCUGAGUCACUUUGAUAGUUUUGUUCAUUUAUGUUUUGUGAGCAAAUUAAAAAUAAUUAUUUUCGAACCAUGUGCUCAAGUGAAGUCUGUGACAUUAACUUUAGACUGCAAAACUUCAACACAGUGGUCCCAACAUGAGAUAUGCCAGGAAGCAAUUGAGACAUUGAGUCUGUGAUCUCAUCUCACAGUGACACAUGUCUUGAAGACAGCACAGCAUCUGAUAGGAAAGAUUUUGUGAAAGUGGCAGGCUUCUGUCUGGCCAGUCACAAGGUGUGGGUGUGUAUGGGUCAGAUUAUCUGUGUGUUCUGGGGUGAUGCGUUCACAUAGAUGUAAUGGUUCUCUGCAUCACUCCCUAUAAGGCAGACCUGUACUGGCACGAAAUACAAGAGUUUCGUGUUUUUACAUUCUAUAUCAAACUAAUUAUCAAUAGACUGUCAGUUUACCAUAUCAAGUGUCAAUUACAACCAAGUAUGUUGCGUGAGUGUUGCUUGGGUGGAUAAAGGUAGUAAGUAAACUUGUUUGCAGUUGACACAUAAUGAAUGUAACUGAUAGUUUGUAAUAGUGUGCGCCAUCUGUAGAAAAACAAUCCAAAUAAGCAACAGACAAAUGCUAUCAGAAAUAUUCUAAACUUUCCUUUGAUCACGAGCUCAUGCAAAACUGGUAAUUGAGGAGGGAUACACUCUAGGUCAUGAAUCAAGUUCCCUGUUUUAACCCAGAACUUUAUUUAAAACCAAGAGACAAGGGGGUAAGUCUGAGCAACAUCUGAAAUCCUCAAACAUUUACUGGAAUAAAAGGUCAUUGACACCGAUUCCCUUUGUCAUUGAAACAGACUAGAUAAUCAUAAGUCUUCAGGUGAAUCAAAGCACUAACUUGCUUUCUCUUUAUCAUGUUAUUUUCUAUAUCCAAGAAGAGGUGAAAGGUCAUAUACAUAUGGGAAAAAUGGGAGGAUGAUAAAAGCUGCUAUAAUCAGCUAAAAGUCUGUCUGGUCAUGAGGGACAGACAGAAAAAACUCCCUUCAGAUAAACUGAGCACAUUUUAUGAGAGUACCAGGAAGUCUUCAAGAAUGUGCUACUUUGGCAGUUAAUUAUGUAAAAUGUUUCAUGCGGACUGUUCUGCUAUGAAAACUACAAAUGAAAUCAAUUUACAGUCAACUGUGGUAAACCACCACUCAUUUACAAUAACGUACACACAACAAAAAUUAGAUCAGUAUGUAGGUCUGUGGUUUGUUUGUCAUGCUUGGGGUAAGGUAAGGUAGGUAAGGUAAGGGGAGGACACCCCUCACCACAGCAUAUACACUAUGACAGAGGGAGUAAUGCUAUAACUGAGGUCUGGGGAAGUUAAAGAGAUUCACCGGUACUUUUGCAUACUUUUUAGCCAGUAGUUCUGAAAGUAGCGCUGACGAGCCAAAGGUGGUCCCUGAAAAUUACAUAUGUGAAGGUAUGUGCCCCACAUCAGUACUCUCUCACGCUGCUGUGUGGCGAGGGUCUGAAGCCCAUUGGCUAGAACUCAAAUUGCUAGGGGGCUGGCCCACGUGAGGGAAAAUGGCACAGCACAGCUUCCAGAAAAACA